AUGAAAAGAGCGCAUACUGACAUUAACGAUGACGUGCCGUUACCUGCAGAGUUGAUGACGAAUGCGUUCCGAUUGCAGUGCGAAGAUGCUGAACGCGAUCGACAACCGGAUGCAAAAGCGGUUUCAAAAUGGGAGGAAGUGGCGAGGAACGUAGCUGCUACGCUGAAAAAUGCGAAAUUGAAGCAUAAGUGUGAGUACAGGGAUUUGGACUUCUGGUCAAAGCGUGGACUGGCUCAUCCGCUUGCUAAGCAUGCUGAUGCCAUUGAGAAAACAACGUCCAGUGUUUCGAAAUACGAAUGGACUGCACCUAAGCAGGUCUCCAUUAUCAGCGAAUCUGCAAUCAAUUUGUUAUCUUCAAAUUGCUUUACUGUGAAUAUUUUUGUCACCUUGCCAGAUAGCCUGUUUGGAAAGAGGGAUUAUAUAAAUCUCAUUUAUCCUGCCAAACGUGCCCACUAUAUGUGCAGUGCAAUUGUUGCGCUUCGAAAGGCAUUCGGUGAUUUUGAUGCCGAAUUUUGUGCCGGGUUUUGCCGAUGA